AUGGAAGGUUCAAGCUCAAGAAAUGAUAGUCUUGUCUGGAGUGACGCUCAACUAGAUCAUCUUAUAGAACUUCUAGUUGAGCAAUCAAGACUCCCUGGCAUGAAGUCAAGUGCUAAUUUAAAGCCAAAAGCAUAUAAGGUCAUUGAACGACAAAUGAUAGAAAUGUUUGGCCCAAAUUUCAAAGUCGAAAAAAUAAAAAACAAAUUGAAGAGUACGAAAGCAGAUUACAAUGUGUGCAGACAAAUUUUGUCAACAAGUGGGUUCGGUUGGGACCCGACAAACCAGUGCGUAGAUGUUGAAAAUGAAGUUUGGGUGGAGUACAUUCAGAAAUUCCCUGAUCGGCGCAAGUUUAAAGGGGGGCAAAAAUGGAAACAUUAUCAACAACUAGACGAAGUGUUUGGCCAGUCCAUUGCAAAUGGUAUUGGUAGUUUCACUUGUUCUUCAUUGAAUAGAUCUAAUGACUUACAAACUGAUGAACCACCCGAGACCCCUACAACACAUAACCUUGAUUUGGGUUACAAUGUUCAUGAAAAUGUAUCAUUUACACAAAUGUUGAACGAAGAUUCUCCUGUGCCAUCACCGACGCAGGUUCAACAAGAUUCACAACAAAGUGGAUUUGAAAGUAGGACAACAAACUCAUCAAAUAAAAGAGCAAGAGUAAGUGCGAAUCACGGGGGUUAUGAAACAAUAUUGCAGGAAAUAGCUGAUACUUUUCGUACAAUGAUAGACACAUCCUCAUAUAGCUGCUUGAACAACUGUUUAGAGCUAUUUCAAGAAAUGCUCGAGUUGGGAGAGAUAGAUGCUGGCAUGCACUUAAAAGCCACGAUGCUAAUGGAGAAGCCAAACAAGCCAGUCGUCUUCCUCAAACUUCUGCCGACCCAACGUGUGCCUUGGUUGUUGGCUAAUGAUUGUCUAGGAGCUAUAGAUGGCACUCACAUACCAGUAUGGGUACAUACAUCAGAACAAUCGAGGUUUCGAAAUAGAAAAGGAACUCUCUCACAAAAUGUACUGGCUGUAGUUGGUUUCGACAUGCGAUUCCACUAUGUUUUGGCGGGCUGGGAAGGCAGUGCGACAGAUUCAAGAGUAUUGUACAGUGCACUAGACAACGAUCCUCUUCUCAUACCUACAGGGAAAUACUACCUUGGUGAUGGAGGAUAUCCAAACAUACGUGGUUUACUAACUCCACAUCGAGACCAUAAUCUUGAAGCAGAGCAGUUUGAUGUUGAUGAAAGUGCAUUUGAUGAUGCAAAUGAGAGCACAUCGUUUGUAAACGAGGAUGAAAGUAGGACACAAAGUGUUCGUCGAGGAUCGAAUAAUGAUCUGCGCAGACUGAUGGAAGAUGAAGCACUGACAUAA